CUCUCUCCCCUCCUCCUUCCAUCUCAUUGCAUGCCAAUUGCGUAGUUGUGGCCACUAGUCUUCCCAAUUCAAUCCUUAUAUAUAUCGAGCACCGUCUCGUUACGAAAAGAUUAAGCCACUCCAAAACCCUACGAGGCUCUACCAAACCGAAACGACGCGCGCGCGCACGCACAGCCCCGAUGGCCUCCUCAUCCUCUCCAUCUUCGUCUUCUUCGUCGAGAUCCGGAACCCUCCUGUCGAGGCUCCUGCGCGUUGCCGUCCUGAUCCUGCUCCUCACGAGUUCUUGCUCGGCCACCCGCCUCGGGAUGGCGUCCCCGGCGUCGUCGCGGAUCGCGGUGAAUCUGGACAGGCCCCGCUGCCAGGAGGGCGUGACGAGCUUCCGGCACCGGGGCCGGGUCUUCAACUUCUUCCCCAAGGGGUCGACGGUGCCGCCUUCCGGGCCGUCGAAGAGACACAACAGCGUCGUCGACUCCGAGCCCCACGACUGAGGGAUCGAUCAGCAUGGAGGGUGCGUAGGUUUUUGAGCCGCUUCUCUACUUUCUGCUCCCAACUUUUCCAUUUUUUUUCGGGGUAUAGGAUUACUGAAGAGAGGAUUCGAUUACGGGACGGAUCAAGAGCCCAGCAAGAAGAGAUCUCCAAGGGGCUGAUUGAUGAUUGAUUAAUACCUUCUUUUCUUCUUCCUUUUUUCUGGGGCUUUAGCAUCGUAUGUUUCGAGUUAUACUGUACAGGGAAGAUGUUCAUUUGUUUGUUCUCCAAAAGCAUGUCAACAAUCCAUGACACAAUAUAGAUGAAAGGCUUAUUAUUCGCCAAGAUCAAAAUGUUUGAUCAAA